AACGAAACCUGAAAAGGAAGAAGGGGCCUUGUUUAAAAAAUUAAAAUUAAAAAAAAAUGGUGAGGACUUCUUGGUCGGUUCUUGCGUUGUCUUUACUGGUAGGAUUUGUCCGGGCGAGUCCGUCACCAGCAGACACGAUGGAUGAGGAAGAUAUAGCAUACUCCUCCACCCCCGAAGCCAAUUUCUUGAAAGAGCAGUACUCGUUGUGCCCAGGUCCGGACCACGGACUAUUGAGGGUCAAGAAUCCAUUCCUGUAUAAAUGGGUUGGGAGUUACUACGAUGGCACUAUAGUUUGUCCUCCCAUUCUUUCCUCUUUUUUUAUUUUUCUUAUUUCGCAAUUGGAGAAGACAAGAGAAAGAAAAAAAAGUUGACAGGAAUAUGAUAUAGGAAACGACAAUAACCCUCUCAAACUCCACGUUAACCUGCUCCGCGCAGGCCGGCACCUUCAACAGAACCCUAUCCGCCGUCCUAUCGGUCCUGGACAGCAAAUACCAGACAGUCCCCGAGAACGUGCAAAAGAACCCGUUCAUAUUCCUCCUCAACGCAUGGAUCCCGGACGUGCCGUUCUCCGGCGAGAACCUGGUACCCACGCAGAUGCCGGUGGGGGUGCUCAUGGACUUUGAGAGCGUCGCGGGCUUUCGGGCCGAGAGCAAUGGCGGGAAGUACGGCGAUGUGAACUCCCCCUCGGUCGUGGACUUGAGCGUCGGCAGGAGUGGAGAGGGGUGGGGAUUUCGGGGGAGUUACGAGAAUUCCACAGAGGUAUGACAGACAAGUUCUUGGUACUUGGCGACGACGGCCCGGGGUGGUGGUGCUGACUCGAGAAUAUAUUAGAAGCAAUUGGGGGUGGAUACCUCCAGCUUCGUCUACGAAUUCCCAACCUGCAACGCGACACAGUAUGCGAACUUUCUCGUCCAGAAUUACCCAGCUGGCGCCGAUUCCUCGUCCCCCUCCGUCACCGCUAGCAACGCCAACACCACCACGCUCACGGGCGCCUUCUCCUCGGAAUCUGCAGAGUUUACCAUUUCCGGCCAGUUCGCGGGGCACUUUGAUUCGUGGAGGCUGGGCGAUCACAAGAUUGACAUUGCUCUGGAUAAAGUCCUGUACGGAAGCUACAAGAUGGUUUUCAAGGGUGUGCUGGAUACAAAGCACUCGCACGGUUUGGUGGUCGGGAGUUCGCCGAGUUGGGUGCCCGACGCCAACAAGACCAGGGACUAUGCUUGUGUGCAGAGUGGGGCCGGGGCGCGGGGUAGGGAAGUGACGUGGUGGCUUUGGGUGGUUCUCGACGUUCUCCUUUUGACGUUGUGGUCGGGGAUGUAGAUGGGUCGCUUUCUUUUUAUGUAUGAUUCUCUGUAUAAAAGUUUGUGCUGGGAUAAAGCCGUCAUCAGAGGUCACUCGUGGAGUCGGGUGACACGGUGAGGCUCCAGAUGGUCGGCUGGGAUGUCAACCGGGUUCUAGUAAAUAUUCAUAAUCGCAUAAUAUCGCAAGAUAGAGCCUUUGGGCAACGGG